GCGGGCGACCGUGAUUAAUCCAGCCGCCAGGUGGGAAACCACGAUUAAAAUUCGUUGUAUCCCUCUCUCUCUCUGGCGCUGAACCGUUCCGGUCUGUUCUACUGACCUUCCGUAAACCCUGCUGCCAGAACAGGGGCCUGCCUUUUACAAUCGGGUUUGAGUUCUGAUAGAGGAUGGAAUUGAGCAACAGAUCAAAAUUCCCUCCAAAAAAGAAAUUAAAAUCACCUAAAGCCAACUUACAGGAUUCUGAAGAGAUGGUGCAAAAAUACCCUGCAAUUAAACCAAGGGGUUUCUAUUCAGAGAUUCUUGCUGCAGGAGCAUCAGCCAUUCUGGGGAAUGUUCAAGAAGGUCCUGAGGUUUUAAGGCACUAUCUAAAUCAGUCAGGCCAGCAGAACUACACUCCUCAAGUCUCUGCCUUCGAUGGGCCUGAUGAUCUUAUAACACAUCUAGAAUCACAAAUAUAUGGAUCAAGUACUGAAUUGCAAACAAGGUCUGACUUUACACUGAAAUCAUUUCAACCAAAGGUGCAAGUUCCAUUUCAUGUGGCUCCAGGACAGCGUCCCCGCAAACUUGAGAUUGAAAGACGAAGACGACUGUACCAGAGCCAUAAUCUUAAACAGCUGCUUAAAAUGGAAGGAAUUAAUUCAGACAAGUUGAUGCCACGUCACUCUGGACCAGAAAGAUAUCGUGCCAAGACCGGGAAGAAUCCACCACAGUUCACAGCAUACCUUCCUUUAGAGGUGUUUGAUGAUGAAGAAUUUGAAUGUCGGACACCAGAAGAAUGGUUACAACUUGGCUAUGAAGAAGGAUCUGAUGUUAGGAAACCUAUCCCAGGAAAAGCACUUCUUCCCAAAGAUGACAAGUUAGGACAUGAUGAUCCUAAAAGUGACUCACUUGGCUACAGGUGGCAUUUUGUUGGUGUUCUGGAUUAUGACAAGGAAAAGAAGCUCUAUCUGGUGCAAAAAGCAAAUAGUUAUGAUUUAAUUCGAGAUGAAAAAAAUCAAACAGUUGUGAAUGGUGGCAUUACUGAAACUGGUAUGUACCCUCUCCAUAUAAUUCAAUUUUGGAUACCACGGGUCCGUUUGAUGUUCAUUGCAGAGGAUCCUGUUAUUUUUUCAAAGCGAGUGGCGCAAGCUCACUUCCUACGUCAGAAGAUAGAAGCACUGCUGCUGUACAAUCUUUAUAUUGACUGCAUGCCAGUUGACAGGCUUAGGUUUCUGGAUGAAGAAAGUUUUAUAAGAAUGAAGAAAUGGGCUUUUAGCACUCCUGGAUUCCGAGAUAAAUCUGCGUUACCAAGCUAUUUUAAAAAGAUAGAACAGGAGGUUCGUCUGGAGUAUAAUCGCACCAUGAACAAAAUUACUUUUGAUCACAUGGUGAUGUCUGACCCCAAAGUAUUUUCUUAUGUUACUCUUCCAGAUAAAAAGGAAGAAAAGGUACCAAGCAAAGGACGUGUACAACUCCCAGAUUAUCCAUUUGCUCAAAACAGAAAGGCAUUUUCCUUUAACACCCUGUUGACCAAACCUGAAGUGAUCGUAGCCCUGUGCAAAGUACGUGCUGAAUGCAACAAAGUGGCUGCCAUGUCCCUGUUCUUUGUGACCCUGAUAAAAGGUGUUCGACUGGAGGAAUUUGAACAGAUGCAGUCCCAGGCUCAUGCACAGAUACAGUUAUUUCUUAGUGAUAGCUGGAUUAAUACAUUGAAGAAAGUUCUACGUAGCAGCUUAUGGGAUGUCCGUAAAGGUUGGUUUAAUUUACGGGAGUCUAACUGGGAGGUUUAUCGCAAAUCUAAGCUGCACAUGCUGAUGGAAAUGAUAAAAUACAACCUUCAGGAUUCUCUCCGCUACCUUGUGCAAGACUCUCUUGUCAACUACACUCAAAUGAUCCUUGAUGGCUGUCAUAGUUCUCUCAACUGCUCUGAUGAUAUGAAAUGGGGAGAAGACCUUCUUAACAGCAACUUCAAGCCCAGGAAAAUGCCUAUUUUUAUUCUGGACCUCAAUUUGGAUAACAGCGGCGUGCACUUCAGCACGCCACUGGAAAAAUUUAAGCCAGUCAUAUUGGCUCUGUUUGAUAAAGCAAUCACAUCCGCACAGCAUGUCCCACAUAUAGAAAAGUUUGUCCUGGAGGAGAUGUUCCAAAGUGGAACACCGCUGUUGGAAUCUGUGUGGCAUAAUGAACCACCAGUACAGGAGCUGCGCAAUACAACCAAAAAUGCCAUUGAGAAAGCAUUAAUACCCUUGAAAAGCUAUGCCAAGGAGUAUGAACAAUUCAUGGAACUGAACGAAUUGGAUAUUGAUAACUAUGUAAAAGCCUUUUCGAAUCAAGAUCCAACAGUUCAUGAGGUGAAAUUAGAAGUGGACCGUCAUUUCAAGAAGAAAGCUCAGAUAGAAAACACAGUUCCUAGCACAAUCACCAUUGGACCCUUCGUUAUCAGUGUGGAUUCAUUGCGAAGCAAUCUUUCCAAGAAAUGCGGUAACUUGGCCCAAGCUGUAUUGAAAAUGUUUGCAAAAAAACUUAACUCACAAGUGGAAGAGAUCAAUGAUGAUUUUAAAGUGAUCAAUAGAAAAUUGUUUGAAAAGGCAAAUACCAUUGAAGAUUUGACAGAACACCGGGAAUGGAUGAAGAAAGUUCCUGAAAUGUUAAAAACAAAUGAGGAAGUAACAAACAAACUCCUAUCUGAUUAUGAUAUAUUUGAUGAAUUCUACUACAAUCUCUCUGAUAGUGAUUUUGAAGCUAAAUGGAGUGCGAUUGCUGCACCUCAUUUAAUCACUGCACGAAUGGAGCUAAUAAAAAUCCAACACAUGGAGGAGGAAGAGCUUUUCCGUAAAAUACAGUUAUCAGACCAAAGCACUUUGCAGGAGAGGAUUGAAGGAUUAGAGAUGGUGGUAGCUGGAUUUUCUGCUUAUACUGAUAUGAAUCGUGCGCAUGAAAUCGCUAAUGAGGUGAGGCGAAUCCACAAACAAUUGGUGGAGUCACAGCAUCUAGCACAACUCUAUAAUAGUAGAGAACGGCUCUUCGAAAUGCCAGUCACAAAUUAUGAAAGACUUUACAAAAUGGUAAAGGAAUUCCAUCCCUAUCGGGAUCUAUGGACAACUACAUCAGACUGGUUACGUUGGUAUGACAGCUGGAUGAAUGAUCCACUGACUACCAUUGAUGCAGAACAAAUUGAGAAGAACGUAAUUGAGUCCUACAAAACUCUGCACAGGUGCACCAAAUAUUUUAAGGAUAUUCCAGGCCUUGCAGAAGUUGCAAUAAAAAUCCGAUCAAUGGUUGAAAGCUUUAAGCCAUAUAUCCCACUGAUUCAAGCACUGCGGAAUCCUGGCAUGCGAAACAGACACUGGGAUAUGAUAUCAGAGCAAAUCCAAAUACCAGUCAAGCCCAAGACUAAUCUAACAUUUGCCCGGUGUUUGGACAUGAAUCUUCAAGAUCAUGUAGAGACCAUUUCUAAGGUGGCAGAAGUAGCUGGAAAGGAGUAUGCCAUAGAACAGGCCCUCGAUAAGAUGGAGGGUGAGUGGGAAGAUAUUAAUUUUGACGUCAUGCCGUACAAAGAAACUGGAACAUUUAUUCUGAAAAGUCCAGAUGAAGCCUCUCAGUUACUGGAUGAUCAUAUUGUCAUGACACAGAGCAUGUCCUUCUCACCCUUCAAGAAGGCAUAUGAAGCGAGGAUCAGCAGUUGGGAAAACAAGCUGCGCAUGACCCAGGAUGUCCUGGAUGAGUGGCUAUUGUGUCAGAGGUCCUGGCUUUACCUAGAACCUAUCUUCAGUUCUGAGGACAUCAACAGACAAUUGCCAGUGGAAAGUAAACGAUAUCAUACCAUGGAGCGAUUAUGGAUAACUAUCAUGAAAAAUGCAAAUGAAAACAGAAAGGUUAUCGAGACAUGUCCUGAACCAAGGUUACUAGACAACUUACGUGAAUGCAACAAACAACUGGAUCUUGUACAGAAAGGUCUGAGUGAAUAUCUGGAGACAAAGAGAGCUUCCUUCCCAAGAUUCUACUUCCUAUCAGAUGAUGAACUACUUGAGAUCUUGUCUCAGACUAAAGAUCCUACUGCUGUUCAGCCUCAUCUGCGGAAGUGUUUUGAAAAUAUUGCUCAAUUACAUUUCCAGGAGGACCUCAACAUCACACACAUGUACUCUGCAGAAGGAGAGGAAAUUGAACUCUUUAGAACAAUCUAUCCUACUGGAAAUGUGGAGGAUUGGCUGCUGGAUGUAGAAAAGGUUAUGAAGGAGAGUGUGAAAGAUAACAUUGAACGAUCAUUGAAAACAUAUCCAGAGACCAAACGUGCAGAAUGGGUCCUGAUCUGGCCUGGUCAGGUUGUUAUUGCAGGCUGCCAGACCUUCUGGACCAUGGAGGUAUCUGAAGCACUACAGAUAGGAGAUUUGGGAAGCAGACUCUUCCCAAAACUUGGCAGUCAGCUGAAUGAUUUGGUGGGUCUCGUGAGAGGGAAGCUGACAAGAAUGCAAAGAACAAUAUUAUCAGCACUGAUUGUGAUUGAAGUACAUGCGAAGGACGUAGUGGCUAACCUCCUGGAGGAAAAUGUUCAAAGUGUGAAUGACUUUGAAUGGAUCAGCCAGCUUCGAUAUUAUUGGUCACAGAAUGAUCUCCGCGUAUGCGCAGUGAAUGCUGAAUUUCUCUACGGGUAUGAAUACUUGGGAAACACUGGUCGUCUGGUCAUCACCCCACUCACUGACAGGUGUUACCUCACAUUAACGGGUGCUUUGCAUCUUAAAUUUGGUGGUGCUCCAGCCGGACCUGCUGGCACAGGCAAAACUGAAACUACCAAAGACUUAGGUAAAGCCCUUGCAAUACAGACCGUUGUUUUCAACUGCUCUGACCAACUGGACUUCCUAGCAAUGGGCAAAUUUCUUAAAGGUUUGGCCAGUGCAGGUGCCUGGGCUUGCUUUGAUGAGUUUAAUCGGAUUGAUAUUGAAGUUUUGUCUGUGGUGGCACAACAGAUCACAACGAUUCAGAAAGCCCAGCAACAAAGGGUUGAUCGAUUCAUGUUUGAAGGGGUUGAGAUCACACUGAUACCAUCCUGUGCUGUCUUCAUUACCAUGAACCCUGGCUAUGCUGGUCGCACAGAGUUACCUGACAACCUUAAGGCUUUGUUUAGACCAGUAGCCAUGAUGGUCCCUGACUACGCCAUGAUUGCUGAGAUUUCUCUGUAUUCCUUUGGGUUUAGCAACGCCAAAGUCCUUGCAAAGAAAAUUACCUCAACUUUCAAAUUAUCCUCUGAGCAACUCAGUUCACAGGAUCAUUAUGACUUUGGAAUGAGAGCUGUAAAAACUGUGAUCUCAGCCGCAGGAAACUUGAAGAGGGAAAAUCCAAAUAUGGAUGAGGAACUGAUAUGUCUGAGAGCCAUUUGUGAUGUGAAUGUGCCCAAAUUCCUACAAGAUGACCUGAAACUCUUCAAUGGUAUUGUGUCUGAUCUUUUCCCCAAGAUCAAGGAAGAACCUAUUGACUAUGGAAUUCUGGAAGAAUCCAUUCGAAAAAUUUGUGUUAAGAAAACUCUAAAAGAUGUUGCUGGUUUUGUGACCAAGUGCAUUCAGUUAUAUGAAACCACAGUUGUCCGACAUGGGCUGAUGUUGGUUGGUCCUACAGGGUCUGGAAAGACAAAGUGUUAUGAAGUUCUAGCAGCAGCAAUGUCAGCCUUAAGAGGGCAGAUGUCAAACAGUGGUGAAAAUUACGAAAAAGUCUCCGUGUUUGUCCUCAACCCUAAAUCCAUCACCAUGGGUCAACUAUAUGGAGAGUUCGAUCUUUUAACUCAUGAAUGGACAGAUGGCAUUCUAUCAUCUUUAAUAAGGAGUGGAGCUACAUCCACUGACCGUGUAAAAAAAUGGUACAUGUUUGAUGGGCCUGUUGAUGCAGUGUGGAUUGAAAACAUGAACACUGUCCUGGAUGAUAACAAGAAAUUAUGCCUCAGCUCUGGAGAAAUCAUCAAACUCACUGAGGUGAUGACAAUGAUGUUUGAAGUGCAGGAUUUGGCAGUGGCCUCUCCUGCCACCGUGUCUCGCUGUGGGAUGGUCUACUUGGAGCCUAGUAUUUUGGGAUUGAAGCCAUUUACUGAAUGCUGGCUGAGACAAGUUCCCCCAACCAUAGAACCAUUUAAGGGUCAACUGGAAUCUCUCUUUCACCGUUUUCUGGAGGAAUCAAUUUUUGUUGUGCGGAAAACAGUGAAAGAGGUGAUCGCCUCAGUGGACAGUAAUCUUACCUGCAGUCUCCUCAAACUGAUGGAUUGCUUCUUUAAGCCUUUGAUUCUAAGAGAGGGAGAGAGAGGCCCUCCACGUGAGAAACUGAACCUUCUACCUGACUUAAUAGAGCCCUGGUUUAUUUUCUCCUUGAUCUGGAGUGUAGGUUGCACUGGUGAUGCUGCAAGUUAUGCUGCUUUCAGCGACUGGAUGAGACAGAAGAUGGCAAGGGAAAAGAUUGCACUUUCUUUCCCCGAAACCGGGCUGGUGUAUGAUUACCAAUUGGAUGAUGCUGGUUUCAGUAGCACCAGUCAUGAAGAUGAGGAUGUCGAGAGAGAAGUCAAAUGGGUCAGCUGGAUGGCAUCUGCUCCAGAAGUAGAAAUUGCACCAGAUACCAAUUAUUCUGACAUCAUCAUUCCAACCCAGGACACCAUACGCAUGUCAUAUUUGUUGUCAUUACUUCUAAUCAGUAAGAAACCAGUGUUGUGUAUUGGACCAACUGGAACUGGAAAGACUCUUACCAUCUCCGACAAGCUCCUUAAAAAGAUGCAUCCCGAUUAUAUCUCUCAUUUUCUGAUAUUUUCAGCUCGUACAUCUGCUAAUCAAACACAAGACUUCAUUGACAGUAAACUUGAUAAAAGACGCAAAGGUGUGUAUGGGCCACCACUUGGAAAGUAUUUUAUAUUUUUCAUUGAUGACCUGAAUAUGCCAGCUCUUGAGACAUACGGAGCCCAACCUCCCAUUGAAAUUUUGCGUCAAUGGAUGGAUCAUCAUGGCUGGUAUGACAGGAAAAUGAUAGGAGCCUUCAGGCAGCUAUUGGAUAUCAACUUUGUUUGUGCCAUGGGGCCACCAGGUGGUGGAAGAAACCCAAUCACUGCUCGAUACACACGACAUUUCAAUUAUCUGUCCUUUAUUGAAAUGGAUGACAAAAGCAAACUGAAGAUAUUUUCUACCAUCUUGGAUAGUUGGCUGUAUGAUGCUGAAGAGGUGAAACUUAUGAAAGAACCACUUGUUGCUGCAACAAUCAAAGUAUACUCCACCAUAACAUCACAGUUACUCCCAACUCCUGCCAAGUCACACUACACCUUCAAUCUGCGUGAUCUAUCAAAGGUCUUCCAGGGUAUACUCAUGGCUGAAUCUAAUAAUACCCAGACAAAAGUUCUGUUGCUGAGACUGUGGUACCAUGAGAGCUGCCGUGUGUUCAAAGACAGACUGGUAAAUGACACUGACCGCAACUGGUUCGAAUAUCUGACACACAGUAUGCUUUCAGAAUUGGGCACAAGUUUUGAAGAAGUUGCCCCACAACUGCCUGUUCUUUAUGGGGACUUUAUGGCAAUUGGAUCAGAAACCAGGAUCUACCAAUUUAUUGACAACAUGGAGAAGUUGGUGCAUGUUAUUGAGGAAUACAUGGAUGACUUCAAUCAGACAAGCACUAGCAAGCUGAAGAUUGUUCUCUUCAUGGAUGCCAUCCAACAUAUUUGUAGAAUCAGCAGGAUUCUUCGGCAACCAAUGGGCAAUGCUCUGCUACUGGGAGUUGGGGGUAGUGGCAGACAGUCCCUAACAAGAUUAGCAUCACAUAUGGCUGAAUUUGAGUGUUUUCAAAUUGAACUUGCUAAAAAUUACGGGACAGUAGAAUGGAGAGAAGAUAUCAAAGGGAUCCUGAUGAAAGCGGGAAUACAGUACCAACAGCUCACCUUUCUUUUUGUAGACACGCAGAUCAAAGAUGAAUCAUUUUUAGAGGAUGUAAACAACAUCUUGAAUUCAGGAGAUGUUCCAAAUUUAUACAGCUUUGAUGAGCAAGAGGAAAUCUUCAAUGCAAUGAAACCAGUUGUUCAGGACCUAGGGCAGCAGCCAACCAAGGCCAAUAUGAUGGCUGCAUACACAAAACGAGUACGCAAUAAUGUUCAUACUGUGCUGUGCAUGAGUCCAAUUGGAGAAAUAUUCAGGGCUCGUCUGCGCCAGUUCCCAUCUCUUGUGACAUGCUGUACCAUUGAUUGGUUUAAUGAAUGGCCAACUGAAGCACUCAUGUCUGUUGCGAAUACUUACCUAGGGGAGCUGCCAGAGCUCGAAUCCAGGCCAGGCAUCAUGACUGCACUGGUCAAAAUGUGUGUCUAUAUUCACCAAACAGUCGCAAAGAAAUCCCUGCAGUAUCAGGCAGAGCUUUCCAGAUACAACUACAUCACACCCAAGAGCUAUCUGGACUUGCUUAGCCUCUUCUCUGUGCUGAUCGAUAUAAAGAUACAAAUGCUAAGAACUGACAGAAACAGGAUGAAAGGUGGCCUGGACAAGCUUCUGCGCACUGCAGAGGAUGUGGCUAAAAUGCAGGAAGAGUUGGAAUCCAUGAGACCCCUUCUAGAAGAAGCAGCCCAAGAUACUGUAACAACAAUGGAAAAAAUAAAGGUUGAUACUGCUAUUGCAGAAGAAACACGAAAGGCCGUCAGUGAAGAGGAGGCAAAGGCUUCAGCAAAGGCAAAUAUAGCCCAGUCAAUUGCUGAUGAUGCUCAAAAAGACUUAGAUGAGGCAUUGCCUGCUUUGGAUGCGGCUUUAGCCAGCCUGAAGUCCCUGAACAAAAAUGAUGUGACAGAGGUGCGAGGUAUGCAACGCCCUCCUGUCGGCGUGAAGUUGGUGAUUGAAGCAGUCUGUAUUAUGAAGGGAAUUAAGCCAAAGAAAGUCGCAGGAGAAAAACCAGGCACUAAAGUAGAUGACUAUUGGGAACCUGGAAAAGGACUUUUGCAAGACCCAGCCAAGUUCUUGGAGAGUUUGUUCAAAUAUGAUAAGGACAACAUUCCUGAUUCUAUAAUCAAAUCAAUCCAACCAUACAUUGACAAUGAAGACUUCAUGCCUGCUGCCAUUGCCAAGGUUUCAAAAGCCUGUACUUCCAUUUGCCAGUGGGUUCGGGCCAUGCACAAGUACCAUUUCAUCGCCAAAGCUGUGGAACCUAAGAGGCAAGCUCUCCGUGAAGCUCAGGAAGAUCUGGAUAUAACUCAGAAGAUUCUAGAGGAAGCAAAGAGCCGUCUGGAGGAUGUGGAACUUGGAAUAUCUGCUCUUGAAGCAAAAUACCUAGACUGUAUAACAAAGAAAGAAGAGCUAGAAAAUAAAUGUGAACAGUGUGAGCAGAGAUUAAUCAGAGCUGAUAAGCUAUUAAAUGGACUGUCUGAUGAGAAAAUCCGCUGGCAAGAAACUAUCCAGAACCUGAACCACAUGAUCAAUAAUGUAGUGGGGGAUGUGCUAAUCGCAGGAGGGUAUGUGGCUUACCUGGGUCCUUUCACGGGAGAAUAUCGUGCAGCAAUGAAUGAAGAAUGGCUGGCAGAGUUUGUUACACUUGGUCUUCCGCACACAAAGGAAUCCAAUCUGAUUUCAACAUUGGGUGAUGCUGUGAAGAUACGAUCCUGGCAGAUUGCAGGUCUUCCUAAAGAUGCAUUGUCAGUGGAAAAUGGAGUAAUCACACAGUACACUCAACGGUGGCCCUUAUUUAUUGAUCCACAAGGUCAAGCAAAUAAAUGGAUAAAAAAUAUGGAAAGAGAUCAAGGAUUAGAUAUUUUCAAGAUAACUGACCGCGAUUUCCUGCGAAGUCUGGAGAAUGCCAUCCGCUUUGGGAAACCGUGUCUGAUGGAGAAUGUGGGAGAGGAACUGGAUCCAGCCCUGGAACCUGUACUGUUGAAAAUGACCUAUAAACAGCAGGGCAGUACCGUCAUAAAGCUGGGAGAUUCUGUCAUUCCUUAUCAUGAGGACUUUAAAAUGUACAUCACCACCAAGCUACCAAAUCCUCACUACACUCCUGAGAUAUCAACUAGGGUGACUCUCAUUAACUUCACACUUUCUCCAAGCGGUCUAGAAGACCAACUCCUGGGUCGUGUGGUAGCACAAGAACGCCCAGAUCUGGAAGAUGCCAAAAAUCAGUUGAUUGUCAGCAAUGCUAAAAUGAGGAAUGAGCUGAAAGAGAUAGAGGAUCAGAUACUCAUGCGCCUGAGCACCUCUGAGGGCAAUCCUGUGGAUGAUGUGGAAUUAAUUAAAGUGCUAGAAGCAUCUAAAGUUAAAGCAGGAGAAAUCAAGAUAAAAGUGACAAUAGCAGAACAAACGGAAAAAGAUAUUGAUAUCACUCGGCUGCAGUAUGUUCCUGUUGCUGUCCGCACACAGAUCCUGUUUUUUUGUGUGUCCGAUUUGUCCAAUGUGGAUCCCAUGUACCAGUAUUCUUUGGAAUGGUUCCUCAGCAUCUUCAUGUCAGGCAUUGCAAAUUCUGAGCGAGCAGAUACAGUGGAGAAGCGGAUAAAACUUAUCAAUAAUUACUUCACCUACAGUCUGUAUCUCAGCGUCUGCAGAAGUCUCUUUGAGAAGCACAAGCUGAUGUUUGCUUUCCUGGUGUGCGUGAGAAUCAUGAUGAAUGAUAACAAGAUUGACAUGGAUGAAUGGCAUUACCUUCUGUCUGGAGGAACCAUCCGUACACCCACCCCCAACCCAGCCUCUGAUUGGCUGUCAGACAGAGCAUGGAAGGACAUCCAGAGUCUUAGUAGCCUGAAGCACUUUGCCAACUUUACAGAAGAUUUUAUAAACUAUCUGGAUGAAUUCCAAGAAAUCUUUGACAGUCCAGAACCUCACAGACAAACUUUGCCAGGAGAUUUAGAGAUUGAAACAAAUUCAUUUCAGAGACUACUAAUUAUGCGUUGUCUGCGACUGGACAAAGUCACCAAUGCCAUGCAGGACUUUGUGGCACUUCACCUCGGCCAGAGAUUUAUUGAGCCUCAGACCUCUGAUCUGAGCACAGUUUUUAAAGAUUCAGCUCCCAGCGUUCCAUUGAUCUUUGUGUUAUCGCCAGGCACAGAUCCUGCAGCUGACCUGUAUAAAUUUGCAGAAGAGAUGAAAUUUUCAAAAAAAAUGAGUGCUAUUUCACUAGGGCAGGGACAGGGGCCAAGGGCAGAAGCUAUGAUGCGUAAUUCUAUGGAGCGAGGAAAGUGGGUGUUUUUUCAAAAUUGUCAUCUGGCCCCUAGCUGGAUGCCUUCUCUGGAAAGACUUAUUGAAACUGUGGACCCUGACAAGGUUCAUCGAGACUUCAGGAUUUGGCUGACUAGUUUACCAAGCAAUAAAUUUCCAGUUUCAAUUCUUCAGAAUGGCUCUAAGAUGACAAUUGAACCACCAAGGGGAAUAAAAGCAAAUUUAAUGAAAACCUACAUGAACCUCACCAAUGACUUCCUGAACUCUUGUUCUAAAGUUUCAGAUUUUAAGGCUCUCCUUUUAUCCUUAUGUUUAUUCCAUGGAAUCACCAUAGAACGUAGGAAGUUUGGGCCACUUGGUUUCAAUAUUCCCUAUGAAUUUACAGAUGGAGACUUACGAAUCUGCAUCAGCCAAUUAAAAAUGUUCUUGGAAGAGUAUACUGAACUGCCCUUCAAGGUACUGAAGUAUACUGCUGGGGAGAUUAAUUACGGAGGUCGUGUGACGGAUGACUGGGAUAGGCGGUGCAUAAUGAAUAUUUUGGCAGACUUUUAUAAUUCAGACGUCCUAGAACAAGGUUUUGUCUACUCUGAAUCUGGAAUCUACAGGCAGAUUGAUACUGAGAGUGAACUUGAGGGCUACCUGGAAUACAUUAAGACUCUUCCACUUAAUGACACCCCAGAAAUAUUUGGACUACAUGAUAACGCAAAUAUCACAUUUGCGCAGAAUGAAACUUCUGUGUUGUUAAACUGCCUAAUCCUGCUUCAGCCAAAAACAUCAGGUGGUGGCGGCAAAGGAGUUGAAGAGAUAGUAGAGGAGAUAUGUGGAAACAUUUUGGCAAAAAUUCCUCAACUGAUCGACAUUAACCUUGUGAUGGAGAAGUUUCCAGUUAUGUAUGAGGAAUCCAUGAACACCGUCCUAAUACAGGAAGUAAUUAGGUACAACCGACUGCUGCAGACUAUUGUACAGAGUCUUAGAGAUCUCCUGAAAGCAUUGAAAGGUCUAGUUGUAAUGUCCUCACAGCUGGAGUUGAUGGCAGCAAGUCUGUACAACAAUACUGUGCCGGAGCUCUGGAAUUCCAAGGCAUAUCCGUCACUGAAGCCCUUAGCCUCAUGGGUACAGGAUCUUCUUGAACGAAUCAACUUCCUAAUGAAAUGGAUUACUGAUGGCAUUCCUGCUGCUUUCUGGAUAAGUGGAUUUUUCUUCCCACAAGCAUUUCUAACAGGAACACUCCAGAACUUUGCAAGACAGUCAGUUAUCUCUAUUGACGUAAUAUCGUUUGACUUUAAGGUAAUUGGGAAUUCACCUUUUGACUUGGAUCGUCCCAAAGUUGGGUGUUAUAUCUAUGGUCUGUUUUUGGAGGGAGCUCGCUGGGACCAAGCUUUGUUUCAACUGGGUGAAUCUCGGCCCAAAGAACUCUACACAGAUAUGGCUGUGAUCUGGUUAAAUCCAACUGCAAAUCGUAAAAUACCACAACAAGGAAUUUACCUCUGUCCAAUAUACAAGACACUCACACGAGCUGGUACACUAUCAACAACUGGCCACUCCACUAAUUAUGUCAUAGCUGUGGAAUUACCAACUAUUAAGUCACAGAGACACUGGAUCAAGCGAGGGGUAGCACUAAUCUGUGCCCUGGAUUAUUGAAAAGUAGCAAGUGACAAAAUUUUGCUUCGUCAGUUCUUAUCCUUGAUUGAUUCAGUAUUAAUAUAUGCACCUUAAUUCAGUGAAAUGUAUCAGAUAAAUAAAAACUGGUUAUGCAUUACAAUUUUUCUAAUUGUUGUUUAUCAUGCAUUUUUCAUUUUUGUUUUACAUAUAUAUUUACUUUAA